GUCGCCGUAGCCUUGGAACCGCUGCCGCCACUACCCCCUAAUAGACGUUCGGCUACCCACCCGUUCGUUGUCAACUCUACGUCGUUCCCUCAAUUGUUCAAUUCGCUCCCACCGAUUGUCGCCUGGACUUCACCGUCGCUAGCCUGUCACUAUGUCGGGCCAUCCGCAAGGAGGCCACUACGACGAUGGCUACGGCCACUCGGGCCAGGACGCCUAUUAUCACGAUGACCCCCAGGGCUAUUACGACGGCCAGCAUGGGGGCACCGAUUCGUACUAUGAUCAAAGCGGCUACUACGACGAUGGCCACGGUCAGUACGCCCAAGACGGCUACUACGACGAACAUGGCCAAGCCGGCUACCAGGACGAGUACUAUGAUAGCCAAUACUACGACCAGCCUGGUCAGGCCGCAGGGUACGGUGGAGGCAGGCGCGGCAAUGGAUCCGAGGAUGACUCGGAGACUUUCAGCGACUUCACUAUGAGUUAUGCCGAAGGUCCAGGUGGCCGUGGAUACCGCCCACCUUCUUCUCAGGUCUCGUACGGCGGAAACCGCAGCUCUGGCGCCUCGACCCCUGUCUAUGGCGUGGACUACGCAAACGCUCUCCCUGCUGGCCAACGUUCCAAGGAGCCAUACCCCGCCUGGACAUCUGAUGCGCAGAUUCCCUUGUCCAAGGAGGAGAUCGAGGACAUCUUCCUCGACCUCGCCUCCAAGUUUGGUUUCCAGAGGGACAGCAUGCGCAACUGCUACGAUCACCUGAUGACGCUUCUCGACUCCCGUGCCUCGCGCAUGGCGCCGAACCAGGCCCUUCUUUCACUGCACGCCGAUUACAUUGGCGGUGACAACGCCAACUACCGCAGGUGGUAUUUUGCCGCGCACCUGGACAUGGACGACGCCGUUGGCUUCGCAAACAUGAACAUUGGCAAGAAGAAGAACAAGAAGACGGCUAAGAAGAAGAAGGGAGGCGAUGAUGCUGCCAAUGAGGAGGAGAUGAUGGAAGCCUUCGAGGGCGACAACAGUCUCGAGGCCGCCGAGUACAGGUGGAAGAGCAGGAUGAACAAGAUGUCGCAGCACGAUCGGGUGCGGCAGAUUGCCUUGUUCCUGAUGAUUUGGGGCGAGGCCAACGUUCUCCGUUUUAUGCCCGAACUUUGCUGCUUCAUUUUCAAAUGCGCCGACGACUUCCAUACUUCUCCGGCCUGCCAAGCCCGUGUGGAGCCCGUUGAGGAGCUUACUUUCCUGAACACCAUCAUCACGCCUCUGUACCAAUACUACAGGGACCAGGGUUAUGAAAUUGUGGAUGGAAAGUACGUCCGUCGCGAACGUGACCACGCUCAGAUCAUUGGUUACGAUGAUAUGAAUCAACUCUUCUGGUACCCGGAGGGCAUUGAACGCAUCAUCUUCGAGGACAAGUCUCGCCUCGUUGACCUUACGCCACCGGAGCGUUACGAGAGGCUGAAGGACGUUAACUGGAAGAAGGUCUUUUUCAAGACCUACAGGGAAACGCGCUCUUGGUGGCACAUGCUUACCAACUUCAACCGUAUCUGGGUCAUCCACUUGUCUAUUUUCUGGAUGUACACGGUCUUCAACUCUCCGACGCUCUACACCAAAAACUACCAGCAACAGAUCAACAACAAGCCGCCUGUCGCGGCUCAAUGGUCUGCGGUCUCUCUCGGUGGUACUCUGGCUUCUUUGCUCAUGAUCGGUGCUACGCUCUGCGAAUGGGCGUACGUCCCCCGUAAGUGGGCUGGUGCUCAGCAUCUCACCAAGCGUCUCUUGUUCUUGCUCGUUGUCUUCGCCAUCAACGUUGCCCCUGCGGUUUACGUUUUCGGUGUCAAUCGGGAGAACAAGAUCGCUCUCAUCCUUGGUAUCGUCCAGUUCCUGCUCGCGCUUAUCACGAUCAUCUACUUCUCGUUCAUGCCUCUUGGUGCCCUUUGGGGCAGCUACUUGACGAAGAACUCGCGUCAGUAUGUCGCCAGUGCUACCUUUACGGCUAGCUGGCCGCAUCUCAAGGGUAAUGCGGUUUGGAUGUCUUACGGUCUCUGGGUCUGCGUUUUCGCAGCCAAGCUGUCCGAGUCCUACUUCUUCUUGACUCUUUCGUUCAGAGAUCCGAUCCGCGUUCUGUCGACCAUGAAGCUCAGCAAAUGCUACGGUGAGAACAUCUUCGGCAAAGGAAAUGAGGACAUUCUCUGCAAGAGGCAGCCUCAGAUUCUGUUGGGCCUGAUGUACUUCACCGAUCUUUGCCUGUUCUUCCUCGACACCUACCUGUGGUACAUCAUCUGCAACAUGUUGUUCUCUGUUGCUGGAUCCUUCUACCUUGGUAUUUCGAUUUGGACGCCUUGGAGGAACAUCUUUUCCCGUCUUCCCAAGCGUAUCUACUCCAAGGUUCUGGCCACGACAGACAUGGAGAUCAAGUACAAGCCCAAGGUUCUGAUUUCUCAAAUCUGGAACGCCAUCAUCAUCUCCAUGUACAGGGAGCAUCUCCUGGCCAUUGACCAUGUGCAGAAGCUGCUUUACCACCAGGUUCCUUCCGAGCAGGAAGGAAAGAGAACGCUGCGUGCUCCGACUUUCUUCGUCUCACAGGAAGAUCACUCCUUCAAGACCGAGUUCUUCCCUGCGGGUAGUGAGGCUGAGCGCCGCAUUUCUUUCUUCGCGCAGUCGCUGUCUACUCCUAUUCCGGAGCCUCUCCCUGUCGAUAACAUGCCUACUUUCACUGUUAUGAUUCCUCACUACAGUGAAAAGAUUCUUCUUUCUCUCAGGGAGAUUAUUCGCGAGGACGAGCCUUACUCCCGUGUCACGCUUCUGGAGUAUCUCAAGCAGCUGCACCCGCACGAGUGGGACUGCUUCGUCAAGGACACCAAGAUUCUGGCCGAUGAGACUUCGCAGUUCAACAAUGGCGAUGCCGAGAAGUCUGAGAAGGACACGCAAAAGGCCAAGAUUGACGACCUGCCCUUCUACUGCAUUGGUUUCAAGUCUGCUGCCCCUGAGUACACUCUCCGCACUCGUAUCUGGGCUUCUCUUCGCUCGCAGACUCUGUACCGCACGAUUUCUGGUUUCAUGAACUACAGCCGCGCCAUCAAGUUGCUUUACCGUGUCGAGAACCCUGAAGUCGUCCAGAUGUUCGGUGGUAACUCUGACAAGCUGGAAAGGGAACUUGAGCGCAUGGCGCGUCGCAAGUACAAGAUUUGCGUGUCUAUGCAGCGUUACGCGAAGUUCACCAAGGAGGAGAGAGAAAACACCGAGUUCUUACUUCGCGCGUACCCCGAUCUCCAGAUUGCCUACCUCGACGAGGAGCCACCUGCGAACGAAGGCGAGGACCCGCGUCUCUACUCUUCUCUCAUCGACGGUCACUCUGAACUUAUGGAGAACGGCAUGCGUAAGCCCAAGUUCCGGGUUCUGCUCUCUGGUAACCCCAUUCUCGGUGACGGCAAGUCCGACAACCAGAACCACGCCGUUAUCUUCUACCGUGGCGAGUACAUCCAGCUUGUCGACGCUAACCAGGACAACUAUCUCGAGGAGUGUCUGAAGAUCCGUUCCGUCCUGGCCGAGUUCGAGGAGAUGACCACUGACAACGUUUCGCCCUACACUCCUGGUCUUCCUCGCUCGGACUUUGACCCCGUGGCCAUUCUCGGUGCCCGCGAGUACAUUUUCUCUGAGAACAUCGGUAUCCUUGGUGACGUCGCUGCUGGUAAGGAACAAACGUUCGGUACCAUGUUUGCCCGUACUCUUUCCCAGAUUGGUGGCAAGCUGCAUUACGGUCACCCCGAUUUCCUGAACGGUAUCUUCAUGACUACGCGUGGUGGUGUCUCCAACGGACAAAAGGGUCUGCACCUUAACGAAGAUAUUUACGCCGGUAUGCGCGCUCUUCUGCGUGGUGGUCGUAUCAAGCAUUGCGAGUACUACCAGUGUGGUAAGGGUCGUGAUCUUGGUUUUGGUUCCAUUCUCAACUUCACCACUAAGAUUGGUACGGGUAUGGGUGAGCAAAUGCUUUCUCGCGAGUACUACUAUCUCGGUACCCAGCUGCCUCUCGACCGCUUCCUGUCGUUCUACUACGCCCAUCCCGGUUUCCAUUUGAACAACAUGUUUAUCAUGUUGUCGGUGCAGUUCUUCAUGUUCGUUGUUCUCAACCUCGGCGCUCUCCACCAUGAGACCAUCACCUGCAAGUACAACAAGAACAAGCCUAUCACCGAUCCGUUGUUCCCCACUGGUUGCGCCAACCUCCAACCGGUCAUCGACUGGAUCACUCGUUGCACGGUGUCUAUUUUCAUCGUCUUGAUCAUUGCCUUCAUCCCUCUGACUGUCCAGGAACUUACCGAGCGUGGUGCCUGGCGUGCGGCUACUCGUCUCGCGAAGCACUUCUCUUCUCUCUCGCCUAUGUUCGAAGUCUUCGUCUGUCAGAUUUACUCCCAGGCUGUUGCCAGCGAUCUGUCCUACGGUGGUGCUCGCUACAUCGGUACUGGUCGUGGUUUCGCCACUGCGCGCAUUCCCUUCGGUAUCCUGUUCUCGCGUUUCGCACCCCCGUCAAUCUACCUGGGUGGUCGUAUGCUCAUGAUGUUGCUGUUUGCCACGAUGACCAUCUGGGAUGCCUGGUGUGUCUACUGGUGGGUCUCGCUUCUUGCUCUCACCAUCUCGCCGUUCAUCUUCAACCCUCACCAAUUCUCCUGGGACGACUUCUUCAUCGACUACAGAGAGUAUCUCCGCUGGCUCUCUCGUGGCAACACCAAGUCGCACAGCGCAUCUUGGAUUGGAUACUGCCGUCUCACUCGUACCCGUCUCACUGGUUUCAAGAGGAAGGCUCUGGGUGACCCGUCUUCCAAGAUGUCCGGCGAUGUCCCUCGCGCCUCGUUCGCAAACAUCGUCUGGGGUGAAAUCGUUGGCCCGAUCUUCCUCAUCGCCGUCACCAUCAUUCCUUACCUUUACAUCAACGCCCUGACCGGCGUCAAAGGCGCCAAAGGAAACGAUGAUAUCCCAGAUGAUGAGUACCACGCGACUGACUCUAUCAUCCGUCUUUGCAUUUGCGCCUUUGGUCCCAUCGCCGUCAACGCUGGUGUGUCUGGUAUGUUCUUCGCCAUGGCCUGCUGUAUGGGCCCUCUCUUGAGCAUGUGCUGCAAGAAGUUCGGUGCUGUCCUGGCUGCUAUUGCUCAUGCGGUGGCUGUCAUUAUCAUCAUCGUCUUCUUCGAGGUCAUGUUCUUCCUCGAGGGUUGGAGCUUCGUCAAGGCUCUCUCGGGAAUGAUCGCCGCUGCCGCCAUCCAGCGCUUUAUCUACAAGCUCAUCGUUUCUCUUGCACUCACUCGUGAGUUCAAGACUGACGCUGCAAACAUUGCCUGGUGGACGGGUAAGUGGUACAGCAUGGGUUGGCACACGGUAACGCAGCCUGGUCGUGAGUUCCUCUGUAAGAUCACGGAGCUGGGAAUGUUUGCUGGCGACUUCUGUCUUGGCCACAUGAUUCUGUUCAUCAUGCUUCCCGCUCUGUGCAUCCCCUACGCCGACAAACUCCACUCGAUCAUGCUCUUCUGGCUGCGCCCAAGUCGUCAAAUCCGUCCCCCCAUCUACUCACUCAAGCAAACCAAGCUUCGCAAGCGUCGCGUCAUCCGCUACUCGAUCCUCUACUUCACCCUGAUCCUUGUGUUCGUUCUCCUUAUUGCUGGCCCCUUGAUUGCCGCCAAGUUUGUCAGUGGCCUGCCCACCAACAGCUCGCUCGGUCUCAGCAACAUGUACAUCAUCCAGCCUACUGGUAUGGGUAACAACGACACCAGAGGUACCGUUGAGACCGGAACCGCCGCUGAUGGUGCCGCUGCUACUGGUGGCGCGGCUGCCUCAAGUGCCGCUUCGACUGCGAAGAGGCUCUUGCUGGCCAGGUCGUAUUAAGAGGGGACUACACGUGUUCAGGGACGCAUUUUCGUGGGCGGCGCAACGGGCUUUCGAGCGUUGUUACGCUGUACAAGCAAUAAACAUGAUGCCGCACUGCCUUCCGCUUUAGCGGGGGUCACGUAAUGACUAUAAUCAUCCCCAGCCUC